AUGCAAGUUACCAAGUAUUUCCUCGCCACCGCAAUUGCGCUCUCAUCUAGCGUCCUGGCUGCCAUUGACACCGUUGAUAUUUCCUAUACGUCUAACGGUGUCCUCCACAACCAAACAAUAACAUCAGGUGUAAUUACUCUGCUGGACUAUCCAGGCCUUAUCACGACGUUCCAGGCCAAUAGCCCAUGCAAUAUCUUCCACGUAGACCCAUUGCAAGGCGGUACGCAGGUUGACGAGGGUGCUCAUACUUAUGAUCCCGGCUUCAAUGCUACGAGUCUAAUAUGCAUCAAUUCCGACCAGCUGUGA